AUGUGUGACAAUGGCAAGAAGAUCAAGAAAAUAACGGAGACUGUGAACAUUCUUCUGAAAAAGGCUGAGAAAAAAAGGAAGGAGAUAAUUAAUGAGAUAAGAGGUGUAGAUGAGUACUUGAACAGCUUGGAGCAGAAAAAAAAGAGGCUGACCAGGAAUGACUAG